AUGCCAUGGAAGCCUGCACAGAAGUCUUCUCAUCUUCACGGUCCGUUGGAACUUAUACGCUCUCCUCACAAUUCCCUUUCCCAUCUGAUGCGCAAUAUUCUCAAAAAUGUGAUACAUAUCAUUCUACUUCUGGCUGCUCUUGUCUCUAUCAUUCUAUUUGCGGUCGGAUUACUCACGGAGCACCACGCCUCGCUCACUGCAGGGUGUAUUCUCGGUUUAGCAUGCUUUGGAGCUUUGCUGCACGCAUGUUUUUAUCGUCGAUCCUCGCCUAGUCCACCCAUACAUUUGUCAGUUAGCACUGCUUGCAUCCACCCAUCCAUCGACGGUGUGUACUUAACGGCAGAUUUCAAUGCGGCAGCGACAGCUGUAGUUACAGCAGCUUUGUUACCUUUGUCUUUCAAAGCGACAUCCUCACGGCUUACUUCUGUGCUAGGUGUAGCCAUUGGCGACCAAAUGGACAAAAGGCAAUUUUCUCCACUAGAAACUACCGAUCAGCUGGCUGUUUGCCCAACAUCCACAAGUGAAGUACCUAUCCCUUUUAAUUCUAACCAGAAAGGAGAGGAUUUCUCCUCCGCCCAGAGGCGCCCAGACUCUUAUUAUAAUUGUCACCAUCAGCUGGAUAGACCCACAAUUGAUUACCCGACACAGCACACCUAUUGUCCCCCAGUGAAUGCCGAGAAACUCAACAACAGUCUUGAGCAGUACUUAUAUGUAAACGAUCCACCUGCGGGGGAGUUCGAAAGCACUAAUGACGUGACUUUGUUUGCUAACUGCUUUGAAGAAGUCCAUCAGACAAACCCAUAUCAUCCGAAUCGCACGCACCGCACACAAGUGGAAUCGGACUCUUCUCAGAGUGCCCACUCUGACUACGUAUGCGAAUCGCAGAUGACAGAAGCGCAACCAACUAAGAACAUGUACUUUCAGUCUUCUCAGCGACGCAACCAAAGUCCUCGUCACAUGGAAGUUUAUCCUGCUAGUUCUGCGGCUCACUCACAAAGGUCCCACUCGCCAUCACUGGCGACUACGAUCACGGUUACUCCGCGCAGACUGCCCCAAGUAUCACACACAACUCCACUGCACCUACGCUAUCUUCAUUGGGGUAAUUUGUCUUCAGCGCAGGUGGAAACAAAUGGCGAUUUAGCUGGGAAAUUUUUACAACUUUUCCAUCAACCGAACAUGCAUCCCCAUGCCAACCGUAUCGGCAUACGCCAUGAUAGAGAGCGUGAGGGAUUGUUCGGGCCACCGGCCUGGCGAAGUUGGCGUAGCUGGGUCGAUUACUGACCAUUUACGUGGCAAUGUGCUAACAUAUUACACCGACCCCUCAUUCAUAUCAAUCAAUUUUGUGCGUUGAUACUACCUUGUUUGUAGAUUUACUUUGUAUGGUAUAUGUAAAUACCGAUCAAUCUGAUAGAAAUUGCUCGUAACAAUCGCUUAACUUGGUGAGUGCUUCGUGGUAUUCUCUGAAAUACCAUCGUCUCUUCUCGAGUUUCCUUGAUUCUCUAAAAA